UGCAUUAAGAAACCCCAGCAGCAUCCGCCGCCUGCACCGCGCGCGCCGCCCGCCCCGGCCUGACCCCGCCGCCGAACCCGGCGCCAGCCAUGGAGCCCGAAGUCCCCCGUCGCCGCCACACCCAUCAGCGCGGCUACCUGCUGACGCGGAACCCUCAUCUCAACAAGGACUUGGCCUUUACCCUGGAAGAGAGACAGCAAUUGAACAUUCAUGGAUUGUUGCCACCUUCCUUCAUCAGUCAGGAGAUCCAGGUUCUUAGAGUAGUAAAAAAUUUUGAGCGUCUGAACUCUGACUUUGACAGGUAUCUUCUCUUAAUGGAUCUCCAAGAUAGAAAUGAAAAACUCUUUUAUAAAGUGCUAACGUCUGACGUUGAGAAAUUCAUGCCUAUUGUUUAUACUCCCACUGUGGGUCUGGCUUGCCAACAAUAUAGUUUGGUGUUUCGGAAGCCAAGAAAUUUAUUGAGUGUCCACUGCAUGCCAGGCACUUUACUAAGCAUUGAGAUUAGAGGUCUCUUUAUUAGUAUCCACGAUCGAGGGCAUAUUGCUUCGGUUCUCAAUGCAUGGCCAGAAGAUGUCAUCAAGGCCAUUGUGGUGACUGAUGGAGAGCGUAUUCUUGGCUUGGGAGACCUUGGCUGUAAUGGCAUGGGCAUCCCUGUGGGUAAAUUGGCUCUAUAUACAGCUUGCGGAGGGAUGAAUCCUCAAAAAUGUCUGCCUGUCAUUCUGGAUGUGGGAACCGAAAAUGAGGAGUUACUUAAAGAUCCACUCUACAUUGGACUACGGCAGAGAAGAGUAAGAGGUUCUGAAUAUGAUGAUUUUUUGGACGAAUUCAUGGAGUCGGUUUCUUCCAAGUACGGCAUGAAUUGCCUUAUUCAGUUUGAAGACUUUGCCAAUGUGAAUGCGUUUCGUCUCCUGAACAAGUAUCGAAACCAGUAUUGCACAUUCAAUGAUGAUAUUCAAGGAACAGCAUCUGUUGCAGUUGCAGGUCUCCUUGCAGCUCUUCGAAUAACCAAGAACAAACUGUCUGAUCAAACAAUACUAUUCCAAGGAGCUGGAGAGGCUGCCCUAGGGAUUGCACACCUGAUUGUGAUGGCCAUGGAAAAAGAAGGUUUACCAAAAGAGAAAGCCAUCAAAAAGAUAUGGCUGGUUGAUUCAAAAGGAUUAAUAGUUAAGGGACGUGCUUCCUUAACACAAGAGAAAGAGAAGUUUGCCCACGAACAUGAAGAAAUGAAGAACCUAGAAGCCAUUGUUCAAGAAAUAAAACCAACUGCCCUCAUAGGAGUUGCUGCAAUUGGUGGUGCAUUCUCAGAACAAAUUCUCAAAGAUAUGGCUGCCUUCAAUGAACGGCCUAUUAUUUUUGCUUUGAGUAAUCCAACUAGCAAAGCAGAAUGUUCUGCAGAGCAGUGCUACAGAAUAACCAAGGGACGUGCAAUUUUUGCCAGUGGCAGUCCUUUUGAUCCAGUCACUCUUCCAAAUGGACAGACCCUAUAUCCUGGCCAAGGCAACAAUUCCUAUGUGUUCCCUGGAGUUGCUCUUGGUGUUGUGGCAUGUGGAUUGAGGCACAUCACUGAUAAGAUUUUCCUCACUACUGCUGAGGUUAUAGCUCAGCAAGUGUCAGAUAAACACUUGGAAGAGGGUCGGCUUUAUCCUCCUUUGAAUACCAUUAGAGAUGUUUCUCUGAAAAUUGCAGAAAAGAUUGUGAAAGACGCAUACCAAGAAAAGACAGCCACAGUUUAUCCCGAACCUCAAAACAAAGAAGCAUUUGUCCGCUCCCAGAUGUAUAGUACUGAUUAUGACCAGAUUCUACCUGAUUGUUAUUCUUGGCCUGAAGAGGUCCAGAAAAUACAGACCAAAGUUGACCAGUAGGAUAAUAACAAACGUUUCUAACUCUAUUAAUGAGGUCUUUAAACCUUUCAUAAUUUUUAAAGGUUGGAAUCUUUUAUAAUGACUGAUAAAAUGCUUAGAUUAAGAUUUUACUUUAACAGUCUAAAAAUUGAUAGAAGAAUAACGAUAUAAAUUGGGAUAAACAUCACAUGAGACAAUUUUGCUUCACUUUGCCUUCUGGUUAUUUAUGGUUUGUAUCUGAAUUAUUCUGCCUACAUUCUCUUUAAAAGCUAUUGUACCUACUACUGAGAUACUCAUCGUUUUUAUACAGGAAGCUAAUGGGAAGACCAAAAUUAGUAAUAAAUUGAUAUAACCAACAUUAAAACCCAUAAUUAUUUUGUUGACCAUUUUGUUAAAAUCUACUUUUCAA